UGAAUUAUAUUCUCAUGCUGAGCGAACAUUAGUCUGAAUCUCUACAUGAUUCCUUUUUAUUAACCCUUACAACACCAUCACGCCGCAAACAUGCCUCCUUUCCGCAUGCCCUUCAGUUCCCGUCGCCCAACCGUUCCAUCCGAACCCAACGACGAGAAUGCGCGGCCUUCUUCCAAGGACGCCUCCAGCCCGUACAAAGAAAAACCUUCGUUGGCGUUGGGAGUCAAGGAAAAACAAGAAGAACCCAAUGAGUUCAAGUUGAGUUCCGUCAAUGACAGUGGUGAAUACCUUCCGCCAUCACCAACCGAACGCCCAUCUUUCUGGGCCAAAACAAAGUCUCCUUCAACAACGUCCAGCCAUCGCCUGUGUUUCAACGACAAUGAACCAUUCUCAAUUUCGCGCGAGUCUUUUGAGUCUUACCGGAGAUCCUUCGAUAUUUCCGGUCGCUCUCCAAUAUUGCAAGCAGACAGUUUCACCUCACGAUCGUCCAUGGAUUCACGACCCUCUAGCAGAUUCCCUACGAGGUCUACCUUCAACAACAACACUUUUGAUGCACCGACAAAGGAAGAAGAAGGUUUCGAAGAUGUUAAGCUCAAUGAAGAGGCCAAACAGCCCAAAAAGAAGAGUUUCCUGUCUCGCUUUGGCGACUCCAGCGGAGACACUCCGGUUGCAAAGGAAGACGGCAAACAUCACUUUCACAUCCCAGGCCGGAAACGAGGUCAAAGUGGCACAGGAAGCGAGCUGAAAGAUAUACCUCGUCCACAGAGUAAGGGGAAACCAGAAGUGACGGUGCGAUAAACUGUGAGAUUAUAACGACUACCAUUCUAUGCUAUGCAUUAUGAAGAUUUGGGUACUGGCAGGGUCCAGACUGGAGUUCAAGAGGAAGCAUUGGGCAUCGGGUAAAGGACAAUAUUUUGGUUUUGACGGACUCUUGGGGAAUGAGACAAUGUU